CUACAAAUCGAGCGCAUCAUAUAGCUGCCUAUAAAUCAGUGGGAGGACCGUCGUCGCAUUCGGGCGCGGUUUGGGUUGCUAGCAGACGGGAAGGCGACCAGUUGUCCGAUUGUUUUUCAGCGUCGUCCUUUGAAGAAAACUCAAGAAAAAGCUCGAUUUGUCCUCUACUUUUUCCUCGGUGCACACCGGCCGGCUGCUGAAGGCUCGGACGGAAAUAUCUAAUCUCGAAAAUGCCUCCCAUCGAAAAUGAAACGGGGAAGAAUGAACUUAAAAGUCGGAUACAAUCGCUUAUUGACUCCAAUCAAGUGGUGGUCUUCAGCAAAAGUUAUUGUCCAUAUUGUGUAACGGUAAAGGACUUGUUCAAAGAACUCAAAGUUGAGUGCAAUGUGGUGGAGCUGGAUCUCAUGGAGGAUGGAACAAAUUAUCAGGAGAUGCUGCUUGAGAUGACUGGACAAAAGAGUGUUCCUAAUGUUUUUAUCAACAAAACACAUGUUGGUGGCUGUGACAAGACAAUGCAGGCUCAUAAAGAUGGCAGUCUGCAUCAGCUACUGAAUGGGCAAAGUGAAAGCUAUGACUAUGACCUGAUUGUUAUUGGAGGAGGAUCUGGGGGACUGUCCUGUUCAAAGGAAGCUGCAAGUUUGGGAAAAAAAGUGAUGGUUUUGGACUUUGUUGUUCCCACACCAAAAGGAACUACUUGGGGUCUCGGUGGAACGUGCGUGAAUGUUGGCUGCAUUCCCAAGAAACUGAUGCACCAGACUGCCUUGCUCAGUACCGCCGUGCAAGACGCUCGCAAGUUUGGCUGGGAAUUUGAUGAAACUGUCAAACACAACUGGGAGACGAUGAAGACGGCCAUUAACGACUACAUCGGCUCGCUAAACUGGGGCUACAGGGUUUCGCUCAGGGACAAGAAUGUCAACUAUGUCAAUGCCUACGCGGAAUUCGUCGAACCUCACAAGAUCAAGGCAUUAAACAAACAAGGGAAGGAGACGUUUUACACAGCAGAUAAGUUUGUUUUGGCAACAGGUGAGCGACCACGUUACCUGGGCAUACCUGGAGACAAGGAGUACUGCAUCACAAGCGAUGAUCUCUUCUCUUUGCCGUACUGCCCCGGAAAGACUCUGGUGAUCGGCGCAUCUUACGUCGCGUUAGAAUGCGGCGGCUUCCUCGCCGGCCUCGGGCUCGACGUCACCGUCAUGGUGCGUUCCAUUCUGCUACGCGGCUUUGACCAGGAAAUGGCAAACCGUGCCGGUGACCAUAUGGAGGAACAUGGCGUCAAAUUCAUCCGGCAAUAUGUCCCUAUAAAAAUAGAGCAAUUGGAAGCCGGCACUCCUGGCCGGGUGAAGGUGACAGCCAAGUCCACUGAGAAUGAUGAUGUCGUCGAGGGAGAGUACAACACUGUAUUAAUAGCGGUGGGUCGAGACGCAUGCACCGACAAGAUCGGCCUGGACAAGAUAGGGGUGAAAGUUAACCCCAAGAAUGGGAAAAUUCCCGUCAAUGAUGAAGAGCAAACCAACGUGCCCCACGUCUAUGCCAUCGGAGACAUCUUGGAGGGCAAGUGGGAGCUCACUCCUGUUGCGAUCCAGGCCGGGAAGUUGCUGGCGCGGCGUCUGUAUGGAGGGGCAACACUCAAGUGUGACUACAUCAACGUUCCCACCACGGUCUUCACUCCACUGGAAUAUGGCUCCUGCGGUCUGUCUGAAGAGAGAGCCACUGAGCUGUACGGGGAGGAGAACCUUGAUGUGUUCCACAGUCUCUUUUGGCCGUUGGAAUUUACCGUGCCUGGCAGGGACAACAACAGAUGCUAUGCCAAGAUCAUCUGCAACAAAUUGGAUAAUGACCGAGUGAUUGGCUUUCACUACCUGGGUCCCAAUGCAGGAGAAGUAACUCAAGGCUAUGGUGCAGCUAUGAAAUGCGGUGCCACCAAAGAGCAGCUGGACGCCACCAUUGGCAUCCACCCAACUUGCGCCGAGGUGUUCACCACUCUGGAAGUGACCAAAAGUUCCGGAGGUGACAUCACCCAGGCAGGUUGCUGAGGUUAAACCCUGCUCGUUUAGCAGAAUGCUCUCAUGCGGUCCACCAAGCCAUCUUCUCUUAGCUUCCAAACAACCUCAACCUUCAACUCCCUUUAGUGGGCAGUUGUUUCUCAGGACAAAUUGCAUAAUGCGGCCAGCAGCAUCUGGAAAAACCACAGGUGCUCAUUUUUGGUUUAGUAGGAGCUAAGAAGAGGAUGCGAGCUGAAUUGAUAAGAGGGCAUUCUGCUGAACAGCGGGGUUACUCUGCUGACAAAUGACUGGGCUCUGGUCAGUGUCCUUCUCUGAGGAGCGAGGGUAUGCACGUCACUCUUGUGAUGUUUCUGUAUGCCUGAGCUCUUUUUGAUGUCCUUGCCUGGAAACCAAAAUGCUUUGGUGGGCAGGGAUUGAGUCACCUCAGCAGAAGUAGCUGAUAGUGUCCCAGACCCUUCGUCCAAAUUUUCUACACCCCCCCCCUGCUAUGAUAAUUCCCACCCACAACACGGCUCAUUAAAUUGAAUGGCAAACUGUCACCUGUCCAUGCACAUA